UUCGUUCCUCCUAAAAGUAUGUGGUUUUUAUCUAAGAGAUUGCAUCUGUUUUGCGGUUAAAAGUAAAUCCCAUCUAAUUCAAAUUGACUAGAUUUAUCCGACCGGUUUACGGUAGAAAGAUCCUCAAGAAUGCAAAUUCUCCAGUGUAAAACAAUUUACAAAAACCUUUAAGAAAUGUCAAAGAGAUUGUAAAGACGAUAUAGGAAGAAUGUUAAACAGUUAAAGAAAAAAAUACGAUAGAUGGAAAAUGUCAGAAAAUUGUAGACACCGAGUACGUGAAAUGUGCAAUAAAUGCGUAUCGAUAAUCACGCGUAUUUACAACCCGGAAGAAAAGAUAGAAAAAUGAUUUGAAAAAAGUUAGAAAUAAUAAAAAAUAAGAUGGGGAAAAGAAAAUGGUAGCGAUAUCAGUAAUAUGUUACUAGUACUUGUUGUAAGCAGGGAGAAAGGGUAGUAUGUGCACGUGCGUGUAUAUGCGAAGGAGAAGUAUGCGAAUAAGAUGAAGGAAGAAAGAAAGAAAUAAAGAAAAAGAGAUAGAAGAGUUUUGGCGAAAGAGGGUAGGGAGGAUCGUGAAAUGCAAGGUAAGAAACCAAUGGUGGAGAAUGGUGGCCCGUGCCAAUCAGGAUCAGUUGUUUUCGAUCUGCAGUCAGACUAGAUCCACACGUUGCUCCGUAAUUUGCGGUGAAAACUUUUGUGUUUUAUACGACAAAGAGGAAGAGAGUGCACGCGAGAUCAAAUAGAGUGAUCUACAAACGUUUAUAAUAGCUAAAUAUUUAACUAUUGGGAUGAUCAUGUCGUAUAAAUUAAUCCUCAAUCGCUCGUCACUUGUUUUAAUAGUUUUUUUAUUAACAUUGGCCACGAUUGAUGCACAAUUUCGUUGUCCCGAACCAAAAGGUUUCUUUCCUGAUCCGGAACAGUGCGAUCUUUAUUAUGCUUGCGUAGAUGGGAAACCGGAGGAAAAGCUUUGCAAAGAUGGCCUUGUAUUCAGGGACGAUAAUCCAAAAAAGGAAUUUUGCGAUAUACCGGCUAACGUUCCUUGCGGCGACAGAACUCUUUUGCAGGAACCACAACCAAGUAAAGGAUGUCCAAGAGCAAACGGAUAUUUCAAACACGAAGAUCCAACAGCGUGCGACAGGUUCGUUAAUUGCAUCGAUGGUAUACCACAGACAAUGCCAUGCCCACCUGGUCUAAUUUACGAAGCGAAAAUGUCGAGUUGCGUUUGGCCGGCGGAUGCAAGUAGAUUAUGCGAAAAUGUUAAACGUGACGUCCUUGAUGAUGGAUUUGUUUGUCCUGACGGUGACGUGGCUGGUCCUUCAGGCCGGGUUUUACCACAUCCUACUUAUCCUCAUCCAGAGGACUGUGCCAAGUUUUAUAUAUGUAGAAAUGGGGUUGUACCUCAAAAAGGACAAUGCGACAGUGGAACCGUUUACAACGAGGAAACCUUUAGGUGUACUGACCCUGAAAAUGUUCCUGGAUGCGAGGAUUAUUUCAAGCGUAAGAAUUAAGUCAGCAAGAAGUAAAGGUGCCAAUUUAUUAAUC